UUUAGAAGCUUUGUCGAGGAAGUUACUGGGAGACAUGAGCGAGAGAGACCGAAAGAAAACUUGAGCUGAGCUUCAAGUCCUCUCAGGGUGCUGGCAUCUGUCACCACCAAGGACAGGAGAGGAGACAAGACCAUGUGGCAGUUCUCUGCUCUGCUCUUCCUCUUCCUCCCAGGUGGCUCUACUGCUCAGAAGGUCACAGGUCCAGCAGAGGUGAGAGGUCAGGAGCAGGGCUCCUUGACAGUGCAGUGCAGAUAUAACUCAGGCUGGAAGGAUUACCGGAAGUACUGGUGCCGAGGAGCUUAUCGGAAAUCAUGUGAGAUUCUUGUUGAAACCAAUGCAUCAGAGCAGAUGGUGAAGAAGAACCGUGUGUCCAUCAGGGACAACCAGACACACUUCAUCUUCACGGUGACCAUGGAGGAUCUGAGGAUGAGCGAUGCUGGCAUUUACCAGUGUGGAAUUACAAAAGCUGGAUAUGAUCCCAGGUUUAAAGUUUAUGUGAACAUUGACCCAGCUCCAGAACAUUCAACUACAAUAAUGACCGCCAUAGCCACAGUUCUGACAUCCACACCACCAACUACAGAGAACACUGGCAAGGAACAAGUGACUCAGAGCAGCCCCCACGUCAGGUCCCUGCUGAGCAGCAUCUACUUCCUGCUGAUGACCUUUGUGGAGUUACCCCUGCUCCUGAGCAUGCUCAGUGCUGUCCUCUGGGUGAACAGGCCUCAGAGAUGCUAUGGGAGAGGUGAAGUUGGCCUGGUGAAGACCCGUGGCUCUGAUGGCCAGGACAGAGAGAAAGACUUCCCAGGAGACGGAAAAUAAUCUCUCUCUCUCUCUCUCCCCCUCAUGUGUGUGUCUGUGUCUCUGUGUGUGUGUGUCUGUGUGUGUCUGUGUCUCUGUGUGUAAAUGGUAUGGACAAACCACUACAAAUGUGUUUGCACACAGACAAUGACACAAGUGUAGAAAUCAGAGAACAAUUUUAUUAAAUCAAUCCUCUCUUUCCACCAUUACUUGGGUUCCAGGGGAAGAAAGGAAGGUGCUAGGCUUCUGUCUACUAAAGGAGUCAUGUCCCUAGUGACUUAUCCUUUUAGAUCUUCCCUCUACCUUUUGUUAAGUUCUUCAGCUUCUUCCCAAUUUUGAGCCUUAAGAUAAAGUGGUUCAUGGCUCAGAAAGAUGCCAGCUGAACAGUUGGUGCCAAGUGUAGGGGGAGGGAGGAAGGAAGCCGAGAUUCUGCAGCUGACUGGGUCCCGAGCAUCACCAGAUCCCUGAGACUGCAGCCAUGAAACUCCCAGGUGACCAUGCAUGAGAUUAUUUUUUGUAAUAUAUAUAUAUAUAUAUAUAUAUAUAUAUAUAUAUAUAUAUAUAUAUAUAUAUAUAUAUAUAUAUAUAUAUAAAGGGUCCUUAACUGCUGAACCUUGUCUCCAGUGCCUGGUAUGUGGUUUCCAAAAAGAUUUAUUAUUAUCAUCAUUACCAUAAUGUUAAAGUUCUGUGUACCUAUAUGUGGGUUUGUCCAUGAAAGUGCAGGUCUCCAUGGUAUCCAACCAAGGGUGACAAUUCCAGUUUGUGAGCCACCUGGGAUGGAUGCUAAGAACUGAACUCAAGUCCUCUGCAAGAAUAGAUCCCAUUCUCUUUUUUUUCCUAUAAUUUUUAUUUACAUAUUUUAUGUGUCUGGGUCUUUCAUCUGCAUGCAUGUCUGUGUAGCAUGUGCAUUCCUAGUGCCCCAAAGAGGUAAGAGGAAGGCAUCAGCUUCCCUGGCACUAGAGCUAAGACAGCUGUGAGAUCCUAUGUGGGUGCAGGGAAUUGAACCCAGGGCUUCUGGAAGAACAACCACUGAACAACAGAGACAGCUCUCCAGCCCCUGGAAUGGUUUUGAUGGAGCAGAUACUCUCCAUCAUAUAUCUAAAUUGAUCACACAAGUUGAUAAUGAAAGAGGCUUGAUGAACAGAUUAGCCAUUCUCUCCAAGCCCACGCAGAAUUAUGUGAAGACCCUAAACUUCCGUCCUCUGCCUCACCACUGGGGUGUCAGAAUACCUCUGACAUGCCACUCAGGGGAUGUGAAAUGCAAGGGUGUUAGGCUGGGUUUCUUCCUCACUGUUGGGGUGCUGGCCACCAACACCAUGCUCAGAGAAGGUGAAAUGAAGUCUAGGAUAGGGGACCCAACCCAUUUCUCUAGGUGAGAAACAACAGGGGCAGAGACAGAUGCUGUCAUUUUCAAACUCCUGUGCACCCAGACAUCACUGGGAAACAAAGAAGGAGUUGAGAACAGGGGCUCCCAUACAUCUGUGUACCCCAGAUGCUGCUGGCGACCAACAGGAUUUGGGAAUGCAAGUCUGGGCACCUUGUGCUGAGCCUGGGACUUGGUGGGUUGGGAUUUGCUUAGCUCUGAGUAAGUGCCAUGAGUAUGGAGGGGCUUCUACAAGAGCUUUGGUGAGGCUCUGUGUGAUGAAGGAGCCCCCUCUACCCCCCCCAGACAAAGGAGAUGGUCUUUGCUCAUACAAACUAUGUUAUUCAUGGAGGAUGAGGAUGCAUCUGUCCUACCUAGGGUGAACCAGAGAUUAAAUACCUUCUGCAGGAGGGGAUGCCCAGGAAGGGAAACUCAUUGAUUAAACACUCUGGGCCUACUAGAUAUCUCAUUAUCAUGGAGACUCCAGGUUUUUAGGCUAUGUGACUGGUUGUUAUGGUCCUGUUAGUAGGAUGUUGUGGUCACAUGGUCCAGGACAGGAAACUAGUUGGGAGCUAGUCCAAACUCCUGCUGUUCUCAAUGAUGAGAUUUAUCAGGGUUUUGAACUUGCUACAACCUUACAAGGUCUUCUGUCUGGUUGCAGUGUCCACUGCCCCACACUGUCUCAAAAAAACUAAAACCAAAAUUAAAUAAAAAAAACUAUAUAAUGAGAAGUUGGUGCUUAUAUUUUCAAGGCUAAACAUACUGAGCAGUAAAGAGGAUCAUGGGAGAAGGAACCAGGAUACAGAACGAAGCAGGGUUGUGAGGUAGAGAGUCUGUGUCGUUCUCAAACAGGGAGAAGUCAACCCUGCUUCAGUCAAGGGACAAGACAAGCUGGAAUGUCUGUCUGGUCCAUCUACCAGUCUUUCUGUCUGUCCUAGUCUGUUCUUUGUUGCUGCGAUAAAGUACUGACCAAAACCAA